AUGACACUGUUACCGCACGACGCUUUCGACUUUGACGAGUCCUCGACUGGAUUCCUGCCUAUCUACUCCGUCCGGAGGCCGCCCACCCGCUUCCUUUUUGCCGCGGCCGUCGCUUUUCGCGAGCCGACCCAGCAAAGUGGCAGCCAUACCAACAUACCAAGCGAGGAAGAAAAACGACACCAAAUUAUACGAGCAUCUCUCUCCCGUCGCGCAAAGGGAGGAGGAGGGAGAGACCAUCCACUCCACGGCGCCGAUCGAUCGGAGCAGCGGAGAGGACGGCGCGCGCGUCGGCGAUGCGGAAGGGGCCGUCGCGGUCGGGGUCGGCGCGGCACCAGCAGUUCCGCGCCCGCGCCAAGACCCGCGUCGACGACCUCCAGGACAUGUUCUCCGGCCUCCAGUACGCCCGCAAGGAGGCCCGCUCCACCGACGCCGUCCUCCUCGAGGCGCAGCUCCACCAGAUGCUCCGCGAGUGGCGCGCCGAGCUCAGCGUCCCGUCCCCCGCCUCCUCCCUCCAGGCAGGAGAACAACAACCGGGACCCGUCGGAUCCGCCGUCCGAGACGCCGCGGCCGCCGCAGCUGGCGCCGGCCGAGGAGGAGGACGACGCCACCAGCAAGCUCGUGGAGCAGAAGCCCCGGCCGUCCGCUAAUCAGGCUCACAAGCACGCGCAGGGAGAUCACGACAUGAAGCCGGAGCCGCACGAGGAGGCGAUCGCGGAUCCAGUGACGGUGGCGCAGCAGCCGACGUCGCUGGGUCCGGGAGUUGUCGCCACUGGUGGAGAGGUGCUGACUCCUGCUACUGCCGUGUUCCACGAUCAGAUGUACUAUGUGAACCAGGAGCUUAGUGUUGAGGAUUUUCUUUACGACGAUGAUUACAAGAUAAACCUUCCUGGGUCCAAUCCAGAAAUCCUCAAUAACCUUGAAGGAAUUGGUCACCAAGAAUAUCUGCAGUUCAAUUUGCCACAAGAGUUGCCCCCUAAUGCAUAUCUUGAUAUGAACAACUAUGGGCAGAAUGCUGGAGAUGGUUUCCUCCACAUGUCAGACUUGCUCACAACAAUGUCUCCAGCACCUGCUUCAUUUCUGAGGCCAAAGUGCGCUCUCUGGGACUGCCCUCGGCCUGCUCAAGGAUCUGAAAGGUGGCAAGAUUACUGCAGCAUGUACCAUGCUGAAUUGGCUGUGAAGGAAGAGGGCCCUCCAGGCACAAUGCCCGUGAUCCGUCCUAGAGGUAUAGAUCUAAAAGACGGCCCUUUGUUUGCUGCUCUUAGUGCGAAAAUCCAAGGAAAGCAUGUCGGUGUUCCUGUCUGUGAAGGGGCUGCAACUACGAAGUCCCCUUGGAAUGCACCUGAACUUUUUGAUCUUUACAUCUUUGAAGGUGAAUCUAUGAGAGAAUGGCUUUUCUUUGACAAACCAAGAAGGGCAUUCGACAGUGGAAACCGGAAGCAAAGGUCGCUGCCAGAUUACAACGGCCGUGGCUGGCAUGAAUCAAGGAAGCAGGUGAUGAAAGACUUUGGGGGUCUGAAGAGAUCAUACUACAUGGACCCACAGCCAUCCAGCAGCUACGAAUGGCACCUCUAUGAGUAUGAGAUCAACGACCGCGACGCUUUCGCCUUAUACCGGCUUGAAUUCAAGUCUUCGGAAGCAAAGAAGAGUGCUAAGUCAAAAUUCACUUGCAGCCCACUGAUUGAAAUCCAGCAGCAAAUGGUCAGGCUGAGCGCAGACGGUCCCGUGGAGAACAAGCGGACCGCCCGUGCGCGGACACAGGAUGUCAGCACAAACGUCUACCCGGUUCAGAACAACACGGCUCAGGCCAAUGCUCCGGACGCUUACCAGGCAGCGUCGCAGGCGGACCAGAUGACGUUUUUGAACGGCAGUGUUGUUUAUGGGCCUCAUCUCCCGUAUGGUUACUCAACCGAAGGAGGUGACUUCUAUUGGAACUCAAAUGACGGGGCUUGA